GAUGAAAGGGUCUGCAGGCAUGCGAUCCCCCUCUCAGGUACCCCAGCCCCCAACCCCGUCUUGGCCUGAUAGGUGGUUGUUCGCCUGCUGGCAGGCUACCUCUGAAUCCCAGGGAAGCUUGGGCGAUCAGAGCCAAGCUCUCUCCUCGGAUAGAGGCAAGCGAGGUUGAGGCGGAGGAGUUCGUGUCUAAUCCUCCCUUGCCUUUGCUUGGAGGAGAAGAAGCGUUUUCUUUAUUUUUGCGUUCGUCCUUGCCUCUCUUGGGCUCCCAGUUCACCUUGAGCACUUCCAUUUCCUUUCAAAGCCUGCUUUUCUUAGCAGAGUGCUGUGGCGCUUCUAUCUGAGCAGCAGAGCCCAAUGAAACUUACUUAAAAGUGUUAAUCGGGUUUGAGGCUUUUUUUUUGUUGUUGUUGUUGUUGUUGUUCCCAGUAACUAUGUUUCAGAAAGUGGCUGUGGACGCUCAUACACAGGCUAGAGACGAAAUAGUGGUGGAAGGGUCCACCGACCCGUGUAGGAAGCUGCCCACAUAAUGAAGACCUGUCACAACACCGCAGGAUACCGGUGUCACUCCCCCAGUUAGCUUACCACCACAUUUCCUUUAUUCUCUAAGUGUCAAAGAUUUCAGAAGCGCCAACCCCCGUCUCUUUCCCUAUUUCCUUCCUUCCCUCCCUCCCACUGAGAUUUCUAGCAAAAUAGUCUCUCUUUUCAAGGAGUACUGACAGCAGCAUCAAUGUCCUGAAGAGAAUUACUAUAUUUAAUAACUAAAACUAAUAUUUGAUAUUUAAUUUAAAUAUAAAAAUUUGAAGACCUCAUCUAUGUAAAAUAUAAAACACCACCACCAAAGCCUAGGUAGAUAGUUCUCUAAUUCAUAUUAAGCAGUGAUAGACUGUUUGGAAUGCUGCUGGACUGGGACUCAGAACCCAUGUUCUCUUUCUAAUUUUAGUUUCUUGACCUUAACCAAGUCAGCACUUUCCCUGGUUGAGGAAUGUCCUCAUCUAUGAAAAUAAAUCUGACUUCUAAGGUAUCAUUGAGCUGUAAUGUUGGCUUCUGUCUCAAUGAGAUAUUAACCUAAUUAGUGUUUGUUGAAUGAAUGAAUGAAUAAAUAAACCAUCUCUCUCUAGGAAUAAUGUACUUUUAAUAUUUGGAAGUAUGUAGAAAAGAAUGUCCUUUACUAUGAAAGGAAGCUUAAUUGUGCUCACAAUGCAUCACUGUGUUUGCAUCUUAGGAUACAACUGCCUUAGAGAUUAGGAGGCCAUCCACAGCUGCCUGUGUCCCUUGGGACUGCUCAUCUCAAUGUUGCCCAGUGGCACAGAGGAGAAUUUGGGGCUCACGGGGGAAAGCAUCCUUCUAAAAGGUCACAAAAUAAUUACUGGGGUUAAGGGGGCUCCUGAUGCCUGUUCCAAGCCUUUUCUUGGAAGGAGGAGAAGAAGGAAUGGGAAAUGUCAGAGAAAAAUGCACAGGAGAUUGCUAGAGCCACAGGUUUCCUUGAUGCCUAAGUUUAUAAAUAACCCUAGCUUUUCUUGGGGCAGGGGAAGAUCUAGUAAAACUGCACAAUCCUAUGACCUGGUCUCAACAGGAAAGAAUAAAAGAAAAACAGGAGGCUUUCCAUUCUCAAAGGCUCAUUUUGCCUACAUGAGGUUCUCUCCUGUGUUUGCCCAGGAAAUAAGAACUUGUAUCCACUCUAUCUGCAGCAGGUUGGGGGCCGAAGAGGAAGGGAAUCUAGCUGAAGUGUUCUACAGGAUGGGGAAAGCAUUUGAUCAAUUCCUUUCCUCAUUCUCUUUCAUUCUCUCUUUUUCCUGAUAUGUAUACCCCUUCCCACCAGAGGCAGCCCACAGUUCUUCCAGGCAACAGCAGCUAUUAUUUACACCUUGCAAAUAGACUACACUAGGAGACUCCUGGAUCCUUAGGGUUGUAAGAUAAUCAAGGAAAAAUGAGAUAAUGAAGGCAAACAUCCAACAUUUUCUCAGCCAUUAGCAAUGCACUGGAAAGGUUAUUUGAACCCGAAUUGGUGUCAAAGCUAGGAAGGAAUAGGGUCUAUUGUCUUUACCAAAUGCACACAAGAAGGUCCAAAAGAAGCUUGUGGGAUACCUAGCAACAGAACUAGAUCAGAAUUCAGGUGCACCAGGUCUUAGACCAUGACUCUUUUUUUACCUCUCCUUUCUUUCUCAGGAGCCAGGCUUACUGUACUGCCUUCCUCUGUUCUCCUUGUUCCCCUGGCCCUGCAGUCUGGGGGACUUAACAGGCCUUCCGUGGGCUCCCACUUACAGCUGAGGUUCAUCCUGGCAGUGCCUCUCUGACACCCACUCCUCUUCUCCUAACUCCAGGCAAAAAGCACACGUUUAAAUCUUAUUAUCUAAAUAUUAACCUGGGGGUUAUGUUUGUUUAUCUCAGUUUUCAAGCUUAUAGUUGCUGGGUUUCAGAGUCCAAGCAAAUAUGUGCAUGGCCAGUCAUCACCAAGAAAUUAAUUCUCUCACACUGAAACAAAGCUCUGUAUGUAAAUAAAGCAUAAUCCCCUAGGGGGACUCCUGGCCCUCCUACACAGUCACCCCACUCUCUGCACUGAGGUCAUCUAAGCCAGAAGGCUGGCUGGUGGACAUCAGUACUAUAGCAAACAGGCAAAAAUCACACACCCUUCCUAAGAGGCUUUGGACCCUUGCUUGGGUCUGGGAUGAGACCUGGAAUGUACAGGUCACUGCCCUUAUUAUGCAUGUGAGGAAGAGGGUGUGGAAAAGACCACUCAGAGGUCUGAGAAGUUUUGGUGAUGCCAGUGCCUUAGCCAGGCAGGUUCUUGAGAAACCCCUCUGCAGAAGCUUCUCUGGCUGCCAGCAGGGUUGGAGGUGGAGUAGUUCAGAAUCAACUGACGCAGCCGGGAAUAGAGCUUUGCAAAGCCACUUGCAGAGAAGGGAAGCAUCUGCCCCACCCUCCCCCACCGUGCGCCCUCGAUCCUCUUCCUACACCCUCCCCCCGUGACGUCAUCCUAGCCCUGUCCCGGGGAGCUUGCUAAGCCUCUCAAAUUCAAACUGCUAGACGCACUGCUGCCGCCAACAUCGGAUUGGAAGCGCGCGCCCAGGCUCUGCUGUGGUCGCCGCCUGCCACCCCAGCCGGCAGCUCCCGGACCUCCCUACGCAAUUGCACCCAGGGCACUGGCAGCGCAGCUUCUCUGGGGCUCAAACCUUCGUCUUCCUCUUCUGCCGCCCGCAGGAUUUUUAAUUUAUGCACACCCUUCCCCCAACAAAAUUAAAGCAGCCAACAAAAAGCUGGGCAUCCCCUCUGGAAGUGGCGUCUUCUUUUACCUUGCUCUCCCUCUCUUCCUGAAGAUGCUAAACUCCUGGUGGACUGCAGAGGAGGGGGGUCCCGUCUUCUCCUGAUGUGUUUGCCUGUAGGUACCUGAGCUGACACUGAAGGUGCCUAAAGAUGCUGAGCGGCGUUUGGUUCCUCAGUGUGUUAACAGUGGCUGGGAUCUUACAGACGGAGAGUCGCAAAACUGCCAAAGACAUUUGCAAGAUCCGCUGCCUGUGCGAAGAGAAGGAAAAUGUACUGAAUAUUAACUGUGAAAACAAAGGAUUUACAACUGUCAGCCUGCUCCAGCCCCCCCAGUAUCGAAUCUAUCAGCUUUUUCUCAAUGGAAACCUCCUGACGAGAUUGUAUCCCAACGAAUUUGUCAAUUACUCCAACGCGGUGACUCUUCACCUAGGUAACAACGGACUGCAGGAGAUCCGAACCGGGGCAUUCAGCGGCCUGAAAACCCUCAAGAGACUGCACCUCAAUAACAACAAGCUGGAGGUAUUGCGGGAGGACACAUUCCUGGGCCUGGAGAGCCUGGAGUACCUCCAGGCCGACUACAAUUACAUCAGUGCCAUUGAGGCUGGGGCAUUCAGCAAACUUAAUAAACUCAAAGUGCUCAUCCUGAAUGACAACCUUCUGCUGUCGCUGCCCAGCAAUGUGUUUCGCUUUGUCCUGCUGACCCACUUAGACUUGAGGGGAAACAGGCUGAAAGUAAUGCCUUUUGCUGGUGUCCUUGAACAUAUCGGAGGGAUCAUGGAGAUUCAGCUGGAGGAAAACCCAUGGAAUUGCACUUGUGAUUUACUUCCUCUCAAGGCUUGGCUGGACACCAUAACUGUUUUUGUGGGGGAAAUUGUCUGUGAAACUCCUUUCAGGUUGCAUGGGAAAGAUGUGACCCAACUGACCAGGCAAGACCUCUGUCCCAGAAAAAGCAUUGGUGACUCUAGUCAGAGAGGCAGCCACCCUGAUACACAUGUGCAAAGGCUGUCUCCUACAAUGAAUCCUGCUCUCAACCCAACCAGGGCUCCUAAAGCCAGCCGGCCACCCAAAAUGAGAAAUCGUCCUACUCCCAGAGUAACUGUGUCAAAGGACAGGCAGAGUUUUGGGCCAAUCAUGGUAUACCAAACCAAGUCCCCUGUGCCCCUCACUUGCCCCAGUAGCUGUGUCUGCACCUCUCAGAGCUCAGACAAUGGUCUAAAUGUUAACUGCCAAGAAAGGAAGUUCACUAAUAUCUCUGACCUACAGCCCAAACCUACCAGUCCAAAGAAACUCUACCUAACAGGAAACUAUCUUCAAACUGUCUAUAAGAAUGACCUCUUAGAAUACAGUUCUUUGGAUUUGUUGCACUUAGGAAACAACAGAAUUGCAGUCAUUCAGGAAGGUGCCUUCACAAACCUGACCAGUUUACGCAGACUUUAUCUGAAUGGUAAUUACCUUGAAGUGCUAUAUCCUUCUAUGUUUGAUGGACUGCACAGCUUGCAAUAUCUCUAUUUAGAGUACAAUGUCAUUAAAGAAAUUAAGCCACUGACCUUUGAUGCUUUGAUUAACUUACAGCUCCUGUUCCUGAAUAAUAAUCUGCUCCGGUCCUUACCAGAUAACAUAUUUGGGGGCACAGCCCUUACCAGGCUGAAUCUGAGAAACAACCAUUUUUCACAUCUGCCUGUGAAAGGGGUUCUGGAUCAGCUUCCAGCUUUUAUACAAAUAGAUCUGCAAGAGAACCCAUGGGACUGCACCUGUGACAUCAUGGGGCUGAAGGACUGGACAGAACAUGCCAAUUCCCCAGUCAUCAUCAAUGAGGUGACUUGUGAGUCUCCUGCCCAGCAUGCAGGGGAGAUACUGAAAUUUCUGGGAAGGGAGGCCAUUUGUCCAGAUAGCCCAAACUUGUCAGAUGGGACCAUUUUGUCAAUGAAUCACAACACAGACACUCCUCGGUCACUUAGUGUGUCUCCUAGUUCCUAUCCUGAACUACACACAGAAGUACCACUGUCUGUCUUAAUUUUAGGAUUGCUUGUUGUUUUCAUCCUAUCUGUCUGUUUUGGGGCUGGUUUGUUUGUCUUUGUCCUGAAACGCAGAAAGGGAGUGCCAAGUGUUCCCAGGAGUGCCAACAACUUAGAUGUAAGUUCCUUCCAAUUACAGUAUGGGUCAUACAACACUGAGACUCAUGAUAAAACAGAUGGCCAUGUCUACAACUAUAUUCCCCCACCUGUGGGGCAGAUGUGCCAAAACCCCAUUUACAUGCAGAAAGAGGGAGACCCAGUAGCCUAUUACCGAAAUCUGCAAGAGUUCAACUAUGGCAACCUGGAGGAGAAAAAAGAAGAGCCAGCCACACUUGCUUACACAAUAAGUGCCACCGAAUUGCUGGAAAAGCAGGCCACACCAAGAGAGCCUGAGAUGCUCUAUCAAAAUAUUGCUGAGCGAGUCAAGGAACUCCCCAGCGCAGGCCUAGUCCAUUAUAACUUUUGUACCUUACCUAAAAGGCAGUUUGCCCCUUCAUAUGAAUCUCGACGCCAAAACCAAGACAGAAUCAAUAAAACCGUUUUAUAUGGAACUCCCAGAAAAUGCUUUGUGGGGCAGUCAAAGCCCGACCACCCUUUACUGCAAGCUAAGCCGCAAUCAGAACCAGACUACCUCGAAGUUCUGGAAAAACAAACUGCAAUCAGUCAGCUGUGAAGGGAAAUCAUUGACAACCCUAUGGCAUCAAAGGAUGCUGCUCCAAACUGUCGGAAGCACUGCAUUUGCUUUUGUGUUUGUUUGUGUUCUCCCUUUCCCAGUGUUAAUGGGGGACUUUGAUAAUGUUUAGGAGAUGGGGUGAAGCAAUGGUAUUGCUUUUGCAAGUUUUCCUUUAAAUUAUUUCUUUCUCACUCUUCCCCCACUUUCCCCCCCUUUUCUUCUUAGGAACCAUCAGUGGACAUGAAUGUUUCUACAAUGCAUUUUUCAUAUAUGUUGUUUAUGAUUUUGUUUCUAUUUUCUUCUUUUUUCCAGUGUGGGAAUGGAAAGAGGAGAUUAUAGUUAAUAACGAAGAAUAGGCAGACUUUUCAAAUGAAAAUGGAUAAUUAGUGUAUUUUUAGAAGAUCUCCAAAGAUCUUUUGGAACUAUAACUUCUUUUGUAAAUAAUGAUAUUUGGCGUUUCCAUCUUCAGUUACCAAGUAUAGCCACUGGGCAUCACUUCUUUGUGUUAAAGUGCCUUCGCACUUUAAGUACAUUACUUAAAUGUUGCUUUUAGCUUUGAUAAAUUGAACAUAUUUUAAUGUGUUGUAUUUUUAAAAUGAAAACACUGUAAAAUAGAUCUAUAUGUCAGCUAUAUUAAGUCAACGUACAGUUUGCUUGAGUUAUAGAAACCAGCCUGUCAUGAAAUGAUUCUAGUUUAGAACUUUAAAGAAUUAACUGUAAAAUAUUUGCUUUCCUCUGGGUUUGUUUUAAGUGAUUUUAUUUAAGUCAACUAAGGGGAUUUAACAGUGGACUAGAGGUAAUAAGCCACCUCAGUUGGGAUUAGUGAUUCAUUAAUAAAAUAUAUUUAACCCAAUAUCAGAGUGAAUUGAACAAUUAAUGCCCUUCCAUAAGUCAUUAUUUUACACUAACAUGGUCAGUGUUUUAGAUUAUUUUCCUAAUUAAGAAUACAUUACACAACUUGUAAUAUAUUUUUUCUGCAUUAAAUUAGAUAUUUUUAUAUAUUUAAAUGAAAGAGUCUGUAUUUCUAACUUUUUAAUUGAAAUUAAUAUUUUUUCUGCCUACUGAAACAUUUUCUAUAAACACACACCAGUAGAGGCCGCCACACACCUCAUUUAACAAAGACAUAUGAGCCAUUAAAUACCUUGAAGGAAGACUUCAAAGGUGAGAUUAAAACUUCCCAAAUAAGUUCUCUGCAAAUUCAAGGCAGAAGAUAAAAAUGUACACAUUACUUUCUAUUUCUUUUAGGAUUAAAGCUAGACUCAGAAUUCUCAAUUUUCACAUUUUAUGACAAAGCAGCGUUUUCCUCCUGAGUUUAAUUGAAGCAUUAAUGGGGUGCUACCAAAUCAUGUACUAUUUGCAUCUCCAAAUCAAUUAGUAGUUUACCUAAACCAUGAUAAUAAACUUCUUUUUCUCUUUUUGCCUUCUUUAGGCAUAUUUUACUUGAAAAUUUCCUUGUCAGCUUGAGCAAGCCUUUCAUUUUGUUCUUAGCAUUAAAAUGAUUUUAACUAAUCAAGUCUAUAUAACAUUUAUGAAGCCUUAUUAGCCUGUAAAUAAUUUGAGAUGCAAACAUUAUUGUGUGAUUUAAACAAACAGCCCUUCUUUACAACAAAAAAUAGUUUUGUUUUGUCUAUUGUAAAUCCUUAUGCAACUGGGAUGGUGAUCUGCAUAUAAAGUAGUCCAGCUUUUCAAUUCCUUAUUAAAGCAAGUGAUGGCAUCUGAAAGAAGCACACUGUUUCCUUUUCAUAAAUAGGUUACUGCACAUAAUAAUCCUUUAUUAUCAUGUGAAGAUUGAAGUGGAUCCUGAUAACUUACUUUUAAAGCUUUAAAAUGACUAAUAGUAUAUUGUUGGUCACUAUUAACAAUUCCUGCACUAGGCUUUCAAUUAGAAGGUACGUUAAUCCAAAUUGUUUGGAUUAAUAACCACUGGUGCAAAAUGCUUUUUUAAACAAUAGAAGAUAAUUGUAUACAUACAUAGAUGUAAAGGGAAUUCAGGAAAAAAAUGUCCUUAACAAUUUGAAAUCUCUGAAUAUGAAUAUCUAGAGUGAGAAGCUAACAUGUUCAUUCUUUGAUUAGAGAUCAAAAUUCCUGUUUAAAUCCACUAGCUCAAAGUUGAAAAUGGUGGGCUGAAAUGGUCUACAAGAAAGUUUAAUGUACAGAAAUUUUACAUUUCUCACAAGAAGAACUAGAGUAUUACAACAGUUGAAGUCAGAGAAAGCUCUUGGAUAUCACAUUGUCAUUGAAUUGCUUACAUAUAAAUUUGAAAAAUUUUUCUUGUGGUAUAAUUAUAAAUACAGAAUACAGAAGUAGGUAUAUUGGAAAGUUAUUAUGAAGACAAAUUAACAGAUAUUCUCUUUAAAUUAGUUUUUAGGCUUAACCAUAUGACUAGAGCUAUUGUCAUAGUAAUUUCACUUGUGUGUUUGUUAUUAUUCUCCUUAAAGUAAAGCCACUCCUAUAAAAUGCUAGUGUCCUUAGAAAAAUUCACUCAUUAAUCUUAAAGAAAGCUACUUUAACAUUCAUUUAGUUCCAUAAUAAGGCCUCCUGGAAGAACUCAAAUUCUUAAAAUAUUUUCCUUAAAAAUUGUGAUUUAAUUCUUUAUUCUUAUGUUUCUUAGAUUCAUUCUUUAUUUACUUUAGGUUUUACGACCAAAUCAUCUGAAUGUCAAGACUAUUUCAUCUAAAAACAUAAUUCACCAUAUACUUUGAAGCUUUAUUUCCUACUGUAAUCAUAAAAAGUUUGAGUUUUAUUAAUGUAUUUUCAUCUCCACUGACCAUAUUGUUUUGCUUUAUCCAUUCAAAUGCUUUCAAACAUAUUUUAUUUUAAGAUUUUCAUUUUUAUCUCCUUCAGCUGGAUUUUACUAUUUCCCUUUCACGUCACAUUCAGCUUCUAAAGGGUGUGAGCUACAGCACAAACGGUUCCAGCCAACAGAAUGCAGUUCCCAGGGCCCUGCCUGUAACAGAUCUAGAUGUCUGAACCUACAAUGGCAAAUGGUAAUUCCCUUUGAUUCUAGCUCUUAAUUAGUUGCUUUUACUGUUUCCAAGUAUACCUCUGGCUAAAUUUGUAUUGAAAUAUUCAAAAGUUCCACUUCUUAGAAUGGACACCAUUGCCAAUAGUCUAAUUUGGUGUGGAUGGCCAACCUGUGUGCCUUGUUAGUUCCCUCCAGCAUUUGGUGAAUAAGGAAAUGACCCUUGAAUUUCCUCUUCUUUGUCAUCUCACCUCUAAGGUGACUUAAUUUUUCUAAAUGAUUCCAUGUUUCCAAGGGCUCUGUAUUUUAUGGAUUUUACAUUUUUUUUUACAACCAAUGAGAGGUUCUAUAAUUUGGGGGAUCCUAAAAUUUCAUUUUCAUUGUACACAUACCAGAAACCUACUGGAUUGUAUUGCUAGAGUAAAGAAAGUCUUCCAGACAAUUCAAAACCAUUUGUUUCUUCAUCCACUCAUUCAUUCAAUAAAUGUUUCUUGAAUGCUUGCUUCCUAGGUGCCAGGCUCUAUGCUGUGUGUUGAGGGUACACAGAGAUACAGCAGGCAGGAAUUCUGCUGCCCCCUCUCCACCCUCCUCAUCCCCCACUCCCACUGCUACCAAUCCCCCUCACCCUCACAGGAUCUUUCUCCCACCUGGCAAGGAGCUUAGUUCAAAUAAAGGAGAACUUUACCCGAAUGACAAUCACUCGGAGUAAACAGUGGAAACAAUAAUGCAAUGCAGAUGAAUGAGCUUUUAAAGAUGCAUCUGUGCAGUACAAUAUAAAAUCGAUAUAUCAUAAAUAGGCUGGCUAUAAUGUAGCCACUAUUAACAUCUCUUUGGAGUUAUACAGCUAAAAAGGGGAAAAAAAAGAAACCACCAAAAUAAAACAAAUUACUGCAAAAUUGGGCCCAAUACUAUGGCCUGGUGAUAGCUAUACACUUGUGCUAUCUAAGAUCUAAAUUGUAAAGUUGACUACCAAGACUGUAAAUACAAAACCACAAACCUACUUAAAUUUUUUGGAAUAUUCAUGUUUUAGAAGCAAUAUUUAGUUUAUAUUUCUGUGGCUUAAAAGGAAAUAUUUUGAUUUAAGUGUCUUUUACCAAUACAAUAUUAAGACACUUAAUUGUGAGAGAGAAAAUUAAGUACUGUAUAUAGGUGUACUUUGCUUCUCAAAAUGGUUGUGCAAAAAGUCAUGUGUAAAUUGAAGUUUUGUAAAUCCUUGUAUUUUAAUGCAUUAAGGGAGCUGUAAUUUAGAGGAAACUCGUGAACCCUUUUAUAAAGAAGAAAAACAUUUUAUAAUACAAAUAACCACAGUCUGAAUUAUCUGUUUUGUAUGUUUGGAUUUUCAAAAUCAACUUUGCUUAAAACAGAGCUCAUGUGCAUAAUAAGAGUGUGUCUUGCCAGUGCUGCUUGUGCUACCAGUUUCUUGGUUGCUAAGGGCUUAUACUUGAAAGUCUGCUGCAGUUUCGUGUGAACUGAGCUAUCGAGUGAUUCUCUGAUGGCAAAGUAGCCUUCCUGAACAGUCCAAGUAGCCUACCCAUCUCAAUUCAAUUGAACACAGGACUCUUCUGCUCAGCAGCAUCUCCUCUCCCAGAUAUGACAAUAUCUCAUUAGAGGGUAGAAUGACUCCUGUAUUCACAUUCUACAAAGUGCUUAGAGUCACAGGUUUUAUAAUAAAUAUGUUAUUAUGUAAACAUAUUGAAUUGCAUGUGUGUUGGAAUUUUUUUAGCAGUAUUUUAGCUUGAAAGUACUUGUACAAAUACUGUUAGAUUUAGUUGCAAAUGAUUGUUCUCAAGUUAUUGGAAUAAAUGGCAAAUGAAACAAGCUCUGGUGUAUAUAGACUUCUGUGCCAAAUAGAAACAUUGUUUAAGAAAAUAAAUGUCAUAUUUUGGGCUGUUAAUAGGCAAAAUGAAAUAUUGGAAAUGUGAUCAAAUGAUAUUGUAUUUUAUUGGAUAAACUGUUUACACAGUUAUUUCAUGCUGUAGUUAGAUUCAGUUAAUAAAUAAAUAUUCACUAAAGAUGAA